GAAAAAGCCAAGGGAGGAGAGCAAAGUACUUUAUAACUUGUAGGAUUUUCUUGACAAUCAUUUCCUUAUUAGCUGAUGGAAAACCUAUGCUGCUUCUCUGUGCAUCAUACGCGGUGGAAAACCAAACCAAUCCCCACAAGCAGGUGAUAGAAAAGAUUUCUUCAACUCAAGUGGAUUAAUUCCAUGUGGCAGUUAAUUUUGCUCGAUACAAGCAUUAUGGUAUACAGUUAAAGAUCUUUUAGCAUGCUGACAGUAGCAAACAGUAAUAAUAUGCAAUCAAUAAAGCAAGAAGUGGACUCCAAUCAGUCCUACAGUGGAGAGGAUGCCCUGUGCCUGGCUGUGGCUUUACAAGGGACCAACAGAGACCUCCUGAGCCACAAAAUCUCUGCACUUCCUUUCAAGGCUAAAUCUGCUUGUCGUAGGAAAAGGGAGUUUAUCCCAGAGGAAAAAAAAGACACCCUGUACUGGGAGAGGCGUCGUAAAAACAACGAAGCAGCCAAGCGUUCAAGGGAGAAGCGACGCAUAAAUGAUAUGGUGCUAGAGAACAAAUUGGUAGCACUUGGCGAGGAAAAUGCCUCCCUCAAGGCUGAGCUGCUGUCAUUGAAGUUGAAGUUUGGAUUGGUGAGCUCGACAGCAUAUGCCCAAGAAGUCCAACGGUUAUCCAGCUCCGCCACUCUUAACCUCCACCAAAUGUUUAUUCCACCCAAUGCUAGCCAGGGUUUUACCAGCAAAGAAAAGGAGCCUGUUCACCUGCGCAGCAGCUGCAUAUCAGUCAUCAGGCAUUCACCUCAUAUGCCCAAGACAUUUACCGCAACUCAGGGUAGCUUUACUGUCUGCAGGAAUGCAGAGGUCAAGCAGGAACCGGGAGAGAAUGGCAGCUAUAGACAAGAGCAAGGUAGUCCCUAUGAACUCUACAAACCUGGCAUAGCCAGCCCUUUGUCUGGAGUCUACACUCAGUCUGCAUCAUUCAUGCAGAUCAUGAGGUCAUCUAGUAACUCACCCAGGAGCUCAGAUGAUGGCGCAGUUAGCAAAUCAUCUGAUGGUGAGGAUGAGCAGCAGGUCCCCAAAGGGUUGAUGCCAUCUGUAGUAGACCCAAGAAGCAUCAUUGUCUCCACACAUAAAGUGCCAGAUGGUAGUUCUUCAGCUUUACCCCAUAAACUGCGGAUUAAAUCCAGAACCGUCCAAAUCAAAGUGGAGGCAAUCGACCCCGAAUACGAAUCCUCUGGAAAGUCCUCUUCUCCUGUCAGUAUUUCAGAGAGAGAAUGCUACCAGGCCACUAAAAACACUUUUGGAUGCACACAGGCUUCUCACUGCCCUUUGUCAGUACAGGUCACCAACAUGCAAGACUGGAGCCAGCAGUCUGAGCAAUGGCAUGUAAGCCACACAAUGACACUGCAGGGUGGGUGCACGAGUAAUGACGAGUCCUCAAGCCCCGUGUCAAACAAAACCAUUGUGGAUGUAAAAGACUCUUCCUAUGCACACUUGCAUGCAGAAGACUGGUAUGUAAAACAGAGCUUUGGCACCCUGUCUCCCAGAGCAGUCGCUUCAAAAAGAGAACAGGUACCUGGAAUAGAUUCUACCAAAAGCGUCGCUGAUCAUCAUGAGACAUUAUCAAAAGGAAGUUUCUCUGAAUGACAAUUGUAUGCUUAGCAUUUCCAUUAUAUUUGCUGUUUCACUGUGUGGACAUUUGGGUUAAACAAUGUUUUCUUUUGGUAAAUUUUCAAAUAAAUGAGUUUUCAUAAAAUACUAGAGUCACAAAUAAUAGUUUUUGUGUAUCCAGGCUAUUUUCCAGUAAAGGCUGAGGAGAGAUGGAAUUACCCACAUUGUCAUAUGAUAAAUUUAGUAUAAUAUUCCUGUUCCUCUUACAAAGGUUAUUUCACUUAAUAAUGCCAGUUCAUUGUACUUUGGCUUUUUCCAAUCCAAACUUAAUGAAACCAACACUUUAUGGCAUUUUUUGUGUUAAAUUACAUCAUUAACAGAUGGGUUUUAUGUCAUUUAACAAAGCAGGAAGCUAUUUAAUGUGAAGUGAACAGUGGAGAAGACUGGAAUGUUGAAGUGGUAAUUGGAACUAGUCUAUGUAGCAGCAGAGUGGUGAAAACUGAUAAAAGUUAAACUGUACAUGACAAAUUAUUCAGCAUCAUGUCCCUCCAUGUUUUGCAAAGUAAAAUAGGAUCACAUGCAUAAGUAGCCUACGUAAGGAUUUUCUGGGUACUUUGAGAAUUUGCUAUAGACUGUUAAUCAAAGAUUUGUUAUAGACAUUAUUGUGUAAAACAUUGUGAGUGAAAGGUUUUUUUGGUUUGUUUGUUUUCAAGAGUCCAAACUGUUCAUGAUUGCUAUCAUAGAGCGUUGCCUAUUGAUAUGCACCUGCUGUUGCUGA